UCGCUGAUACGGCAGGUGGGGUUGCCUGCCGUGGGCCAUUCGUAGCAGAGCACGCCGAGAUGCCUCCCCGCGGGCUGGUCCUCGCGGCGGCGCUCGCCGUCUGGGGAGUCCCGUCAUCCGCACAGGUUCCUGAUCUCAGUCAGUUUACUUGGAAAUCGCACUGCAUUAAGCUGUCGGGUAUUAUUUCAAUCAACGACGCGAAGGGAUCAGAUAAAACCAGCGUACCGCCGCCGCCUGGCAGUAAAUUCGAAGCUUGGUGUAACGACGAUGGCGCCACUGCGUCGUUAUCUUGGAAUGAAGAAGAGUUAAAUAUAUUCAUAUCCAUAGAGAAAGGAGAGGAAAAUUUAAACAGAACAAAGUUUAAUAUAUAUCAAUUUCAAUAUUUACAAAGAGAUUCCCAGGGCGUGGCGAGUUGUGAGCUGAUCGCGACGCCUCAGGGAUAUAGAAGUUAUGUUGAUGGUGGGAUGUUUUGCAAUACAACCCUGCCCAUGAUCCCUUACAACAGCACCAUGACUACGACUACUUUAAAGAUGGACGUUCCGACGACAGCCAGCUCCACCCAGGCAGAGACGGGCACCCAGAUAUCUCGUAUUGAGAGAGACCUUUCAGAAGGAGGCAGUACGGAGCCAUCGAUUCACGAGGUCACCAUAUCAGGUUGUGAUUUAGAAGCUACUCUAAAUCUUGCUUCUUUUACUAUCAUCCUCAAAAGAUAUGACGCGGAUAUUGAUCAGCAACCAAAGUUUGUAAGCACGUGUCUGGUACAGCCCGAUAUUACUCUCAUCACAUCUAUCUCUGGUGUUGUUACUGGGGUGAUUCUCUUCGGUGCGGCGAUGCUCGCAGUAAACGUCCACUGCAAGUAAUCUACAACAUUUUCGCCAUACAUGGGCAAUGGGCAUUAGAAAAACAAAGGUGGGAGUCAAAGCGACACCUUAGACUAAAAGGCACGCAGUUCAUCCGCCCGUUCCCGUUUCGAAAAGCAGGCAGUUCAGCGGCGCGUUUCGAGAGACACGCAAGUUUACCGCUCUAGAGAUAGGAACUGCGUGCCUUUCGAAACGCGCGACUGAACUGCGUGUCUUUUCGAAACGCGCGGGUGAAUUGCGUGCUUUUUAGUCUAAGGUAUCGAAAGGGUUUCGAUGCAUUUACAAAGGCAUUAAAAAAUAGCACUCCUGCAAAGGCAAUAAAACUGCCGAAAUCUGUUAAAAUUUGAUGCCUUCGGAGACUUUUGUACCUUUAAAAAGGCAUUGAAAUUAGACAGCCCUUGAAAGGCAUUAAGUCCUACCAUUGUUUUUCCAGUGCAAGUUUAAAAGAAAAAAGAUGCAAAUAAAUGUGCUUUCUGGUAAA